AUGUCUAUAUUUCUUGUUUAUCUGGAAUGCACUGCCUGGAAAGGUGGUAGAGAAAAACAGAAGGUUUACCAAGGGGUGAGGGUGAAGAUCACCGUUAAAGAGCUUUUGCAGCAAAGAAGGGCUCUUCAAGCAGCAGCAACAACCACCACCACAGCGCUUACCACGGGCAACAGUCUUCAAUUCGCGGAGCCAGUCUCUUCCUCGCACCCAGCUCCCCACAAUGUCUGCCCUCCGCCUAAUGGAUGUGAACCCAGUUUCUAUGAGUGUGACCAGUUUGCAGAGAAUAUUCCACACGACCAGAACCCGAUCUUUUAUGAAAGCACUGAGGUAUACGAAAGGUACCUUCCUGACCUCUAUGCUGAGAACUCAUUCACCUCGCAUCCUCCUACCUUGCACUGUCCCCCAGCCAGUUACCAGCCACCCAUCCACUGCAAUCAUUCUACAAUGAUCUCUGGAUCGCCUAAUUACUCUACAGUGGAUUUUGGGUAUUCUACCCAAUGUGUUCCAUCAACUCCAGAAGACGUCAGUCCAUCUUCACACUUGGAUCCUAAGUCCUUUUAUUCAACCCCUGAAGAGUAUUUUUCUCACCAGCAUUACAGUUGCACAUCGACAAUCUGCUCCAUCUUUUCCCACAUGCCAGAAAACAUAGAAAUGGGCCACACAUCUGAAAAUGGGUCCUUUACAAUGCCAGAAUAUAAUGACUAUUCACCUGGAAUACUCACAGAAGACAUCUGGAGAGGAAACCUAAAUGAAUGCUUAGACUAUUGAUAUAAUUAUCAAUAGUGAUAUUGAGAAUAUCUUGUGCUUCUUAAACAGUUAUGUUGGCUGAAAAUAAUUUUGGUUGAAUUUGAAGAUAAAUAUUUCCACUGAACAACACUGUAAAACCAAAUGAGAAAGAUUUCCAAAUCUAAGAGCUUUGAAAUCACUGCCAUUUUAAUCCUUUACAUCAAUUUCCUCUUUCAAAUUUUCUCUUUACCUCUGAAUGUAUUGACACCUUGCUAGGACAUAGUACCAAUGUAGUACCACAGGCGCUGGUCAUUCUCAGGUACAAUGCCCAAGUAACUAUUAUGAGGUACAAACACUUAUAGUGAUAGGCUACUCUAUCACAGAUAUAUCCCAUGCUAAUACCCACGCAUAUGAAUUUCUAGAAGCAGUCAUUGGAUAAUUUUCAGGAACAUCUUGGGUGAUUGCUCCCUUCUCUAAUCCAGGAGUAAUAAGAUGAAAUGUAGCAUUUUUUCUACUGCCCAUGUUAAGGUCAGAAUAAACUUGGGUGGAACCUGGGGUCUUCUUUGUCUAGGUCUCAGCUACUCACUGGAUAACCAUACUGAGUCAUAUAGACCAGGCUUAUCCCAGAAAAAUUAGACAGAUGUUCUUUAAUCAAUAUUAGUUUGCCCUUUCACUGUACUGGUCAACUAGCUAUACUGAACUAUUGGAAGGUCUUCGUUUAAUUUUUGUGACAGCAUAUUGUUCAAUUGCUAAUAUUUGCAAUAGUUUUCCCCUUUUAUAGUUGGUAAUGACAUUAAGCACUUCCAAAACAAAUAUGGGACCAGUUAGCUGUGAUGCCAAAUUAUUCUCCUGUUAUCCUAACAAGCAUUUGAGAAUCUGUUACCUACAUGGUGCAAGUUUGACCUUUCCAUUUCCACAUCACCUUUUCAUAAGCUCACAUCAAAAAUAUGGAUAGAGAAACCAUUUGACCCACCUUAGUUCAUUCACCUAAAAUAAUCUACACUUUUCUCAAUACAGCAUCCAACCAAGUCUUAAAUGACUCCAAGAACUAUACUCAGAAGUAAUUUCAUGUGUUGAUCAUUUUCUGUGUGAAGAACUUUCAGUGCUAAAUUUGGCCAUCAUCAUUUUGAACCUGCAUCUUUUUGACCUAUUGUCAUUAUUUACUUUUGAAUAGUGUUGACUAGCCAAAGAUAUGAUUAUUAGCCAAUUACACUAAUUUUAGUAGAAUACUCCUUUAUACACAAAAUAGCUGAACAUAUUUGACAUGUAUAUUACAUUAACAAAUGUCUGCCAUCAUUCAGCAUGCAACUUUGCAGUCUCCCUCUUUCACCAAAGUUUUGAAAUCUUGCAUGAAUUUAUCAGACAUAAUGCAUCUUAGUGAAGUUUGCAGAUUUUUGGCCAGCAGUUGUGAGCGGUACCUUGACUUCAUCAGAGUCAUUGCUGAGAAUAUUGACUUACAUGAUGAGACUCGCCCCUGCUCUCCAUCAAGAACAAGGUUGGGUGCCACUUGCCCUUUACUAGUGCUUCUUGCCCUUUGCCAAGAUGUGUCCUGUUGGAGCCGUUCAUUAUUGAUUAGACCUGCUUCCUUCUGCUGGCCCAAAGUAAUUGUUCUGAUUGGUCGAGGUGACAAAGGUGACAGCUCUCCUUUCCAAAAUCUGGCAUUUUCACCCAUGAUGUAUACCGUUUUAACUAAUAAACCACAACCAAGGACGUAAAGCACACAAGUUGAUUAAAAAAAAAACCUGUGCACUCUGCUCUUUUCACCACUUUACCAACAAAUGCACAAAAGGUUAAAAUCUACAGGCAUGUGUUGCUCAAAUAUUAGUACUAAGAUCGCAUACAACUUGAAGCAUCUACUAUUCAUUUAUUAGUUACUAAUCAAAAAUGCAAUUAGCCACAUGGAUUGGAUAACACUCUCUUAGAGUAUUGUUCUGGAUUUAUUUUUCAGUACUAUCUUAUAUAGCUCUGCUGGAUCCUCUAUCAUUCUUCUUGUUUUAAGACUGAAGAGACCAAUAUUUCUAGUCUUUUUUCAUGCACCUGUUUCCCCAAUACUAAAGAUCAACUCCUUAAGUACAAAUUAACAAAUUACUGAGGACACGCGCCAACUAGGCACCAAACUAAAUCCUAAAAUUCACUUUGUUUGGAUAAGGCUGGUAAGAAGAGGAGAAAUACGUAUACUUCUGUUUGUGCUUGAAUAGUUAACUUGUGUUAGUGCAGGAACAACAAUCCACAUGCUGUGUUUCAACUAGUUUCCCCAGCACCUAUUAAAAUUCCAUCUGAAAGUGUAAUGUCUAAUUCAAUAAAAAUGUCACAUUUUCAUGUU